AUGUCGCGCAGGGCCAUGGAGCAGCCGCGGCGCAUCACCGACUCCUUCCCGCGGCGGCGGCGGGGCCCGGGGCGGCCCCCGGGCAGGCUCAAGGACAAGAGCAAGAAGGACAAGGACAAGGACAAGGUGCAGGUGAAGGUGCGGGACUGUCCCCGCGCCCCCUCGCAGCCUCCGCCGGACCCGGCGCUCCUGGAGAUGUUGCGGCGCUUCGAUCUCUCCUGGGAAUACGGUCCUUGCACCGGGAUCACCCGCCUGCAGCGCUGGGAGCGGGCACAGGAGCUGGGGCUGAGCCCCCCCGGCCCCGUCCGUGACGCCCUCCUGGAGCACCGGGACAACCCCGAUGUCACCUACAGCCUCUGGCACGAGUACGAGCUCUGAGCCGCCGCGCCGAGGGAGUGGGGAGGACCAUUCCCAACACCCCCAGACCCUGUUCCAGGGACACCCGAAGGAUUAAAGCUGGUGUGAGCGAAGGAAGGGGUGCCGUUUGCUGUCUGGGGGGGCACGGGGUGGGUGAAGCUCUUGGGCUGCAGGGCGAGGGCAGGGAGUUGUAUCUGCCCCCAGAAUGCCAGGUGGGGUGUCCAGCCACACGGUUUAAUGUCACCCAACUGGGACCCAGGGAGAAAAAUCUGUUCUUGGGUGGAGAAAGGGAGGUGGGAUUUUUUUCCCCCUGGAAUGGGGUGAAAAAAUGAAGAAUGAGGUAUAAAAUUAGGUGAAAGUGAGCAGGUGGCUGUGAAUUGUGGGGAUGUCCUGCAGUGGGGUG